AUGCAGAAGCUCGUAAAGCGCACUGCGGAAGCACAGCGAGCCGUCGCCCGCCGCACCGCCAAGAAGACCCUGAACGUCUAUCGCAGGAGCAAGCUUGAACGCCGUUCCGAGCAAUCCCAAAAUGUCGAGGAAAUCGCCGGCGACUUGCGUGCCGCCCGUGUCGCUCGCGCCGAGGCCUGGGACCUCGGUCCCCUGACGCCCCGUCGCGAUGUCGACGGCAACUUCACCCACGGCGCCACCCUGUUGUCGAGGAACAGGCCACAGACACCCUUCAAGGCGUGGGAGAUUGAGCAGAGGUGCGCCUGGGCUGGCGGCAGCAAGCUUCUGAACAUUGUCAAGAACGAUCGCGUCGUUGUCAUGGAGGGUCCUGACAAGGGCAAGAUUGACCUGAUCAACCACAUUGACCUCAACAAUGGUGUCGUCGAGCUGAAGACUCAGAAACAAAGGCCCGCUAACACGGACAAGUAUCUCACCGUCGUGCCCGAUGUCCACCGAAAAGUCGACCCCUCCCAGCCUCCCACCUCGGCCGCCACCGGCACCCUCCCCAUCUCCGCCAUCCGCCUCGUCCACCCCCUGACCGACCCCGUCACCGGCAUCACCCGCGAUGUCAUCGUCCGCUCCCUGACCGCCGGCCCUGUCAAGCGCCACCGCGCCACGGGCUGGAAGGCCUGGACCCGCUACAUUACCGGCCUCAACGUCGCCGUGCCCUGGCCCGAGCCCUGCCCGCUGCCCGACACGCUCAUCGACGAGCUCCGCAACAAGUACUCCAAGUUCCGCACCCGCCACGAGGUCGAAUACGUCCAGCGCAAGGAGGCCGAGGCCAGCGAGAAGAAGGCCGGCCGCGUCACCGCCGCCAGCAUGCUCACGCCACUGCAGGAGUUCAACCGCCAGCAGCGCGACGCCCGCCGCGCGCGCGGCCAGCCCAUGCUCACCGAGGAGAUGCUCGAGAAGGUCGGCCAGGUCAUCGCCAGGAAUAAGGCCGUCGCCCUCAGCGCCGCCGGCGUGUCUGAGGUCCACGAGACGCCCGCGCAGCUCCUUUGA